AAGUUCGCCAGUGCUGCCCAAACAUGCUUUGCCGAACGUGCCCUCCAGCGAGAGCAAAGUUGUUUCCUGAGGAAAGUGAACAACGAGGCCAAAGGUCGCCGAUCUACGAAAUCACUAGUCCUAGGGACGGCGAAAGUUAUGAGCUAUGAGGAUCUUGAGGAGUGUGCUGCGAAAGACGCAGCCAAAGCGAAGGGAAAAGGAAAGCGUGGUCGGAAGCGCAAGAGUUCUGUGCCAGAGGUAGAUGCACCUGGGCCAACGGCCAAAUGGCUCGGACGAGAAAAGCGCCAGAGCCGAUGA